AUGAAUUCAGAGAGCAAUGCAACCCAUGUGAUCGAUCCAAACGGAGAUGUAAUGAUCAUCCUGCAGAACGCAAACAAAGACUUUGGCAGUUUCAGUGAGGAACCCAACCCCAAAAAGAAGCGCAAGACGCCACAAAACCCAGAAUUCCGUAUCUUAGUUUCUUCAAGCCACCUCACUUCCGUCUCGCCAGUUUUCAAAAGCGCCCUUGAUGGAACUUGGAAGGAGGGCCAUGCACUCCGUACUGCAGGCUCAGUCAAUAUCACCGUGGACGGUUGGGAUCUCGAGGCACUUCUCAUUCUGCUGAGAAUUUGUCAUUGCAAGAACGACCAAAUUCCUCGAACGCUUAGCCUUGAAUUACUUGCAAAAGUCACCGUUUUGUUCUUUAGAGCAGAGCUUUCCAACACAAUACUCGCGAGAAAUACUGUUAUGGUUGUGGAUAUCUUGGGCUUGGAAAAUACCUGCCCUCUUUGA